AUGUCGCCUGUCUCCAGACUCCCACCGUCCUACAUCCCAACCCUCAGCACCGGGCAUACCACUCCGCCUCCCUCCUACCGUGCGUCGACCCAACACAAGCCGUCGCUAGAUCUAUCUCAACGUUUUGAGAAGAAGCUGGCAGAAUACAAUGCGUCCCAGAACAUCUUAAAGCGCUGGCUGUUUGAGAUUGUUAGCUUGACCAUCAGCGCUAUCUGUAUGGACCAGCCUCUCAGCGACUGGCCACUCGCGUCGACCGCCCAAAACGUACUGUCAAAGAUCGCUUCUGCCGCCCUGAUACUCCCAAUAUCUGAAGCCAUAGGCCAGCUGAAAUGGGCCUGGUUUCGCGGCGCCAAAUCGAAAGACAUGAUUGAUUUCGAGAUAUUCGACAAAGCUUCUCGUGGAGCCUGGGGUUCGUUCCUCCUGCUCUUUCGCACCAAGGGUCGAUCUCUAGCCGCACUCGGCGCCGUCCUCACGCUACUCUUGCUAGCUGUCGAUACUUUCUUCCAACAAGUCACCGAUCUUCCUGAACGCUCGAAUCUCGACGGCUAUGGCGAGAUACCUCGUGUGAUUCGAUACGAAGGCGAUAACGGAGACAUAUACGAGGAUGGCUAUCCGAACACCAUGGAAGACAUAAAUCUACGCCAAGCUACACUAAAGUUCUUCUACUAUAAUGGGAACAAGGCCGUGCCGUUCGGAUCGGGGAAUCGAUCAGAGAUACCGCUAUCAUGUCCGUCGAGUCGAUGCGAAUGGGACGAGUACGAUACGCUGGGGGUAUGCAGUGCUUGCGAGGAUGUCUCUGAGCUUCUCACAUAUGCCUGUCUUACGACCAAUUUGGACUGGAUAUCCAGCGCAUUCGGGAAUAGAACGACUCAGUCAAUAGGUAUGUCCUCUGUGUACGCGAAUUAG